UCUAGUUGUGCCGAUUCGACGAGAUCGCUACCCUGUUAAUCUCAUAAUUAUUAAUUUCCCUAUACUCAGGGAAUGUCCGCUGCGUCACAGCGGUGCAAGAAUCCCUGAGACAGCAUCUCAUACGAAACUCGUGUACCGUAGGAGUUCAAGUACCUCGUUGAAAAAUUCCCCGUUUACGGAAAAAGUCACCAUGGUAAUAGUUGAAAAGCAGGAGAAGGAUUACUUCCAAGACCGGAUGACGGCCCUGUCGAUCGCGUUACCCCUCUCGGGGUUGGAGGCGGAACACUUUUACGCCCUCGGUGCGGGGCGUCUGUACGACCACGGGGUGAAGACGCUGAGCGGAACCGCGCCGUCGUCUCCGAGCACCAAGAGCGACUCCAGUGGGAUCAGCAGCCUCCCGAAUUCUGGAGGAACGGCGACCCCGACGACCUCGCCGACGCAAUCGAGACCUAACACCCCGGCUUCGGAGACGUCGAAAGCCAAUAAGAAUUCUCCCGUUUAUCAGGGACAAGUGGAGGCGCCCCUGCGAGUGCAGCACCAAGGAAGGGACAUCCUGAACCUAGGUGCGAACGUCCGUGAACCCAGCUGGCAGGUGAGGUACCCCACGAUGCCGAGGCAGAACCUCCAGGCGUUUAUGGAGAACCGAUCGAUUUAUUAUCGACUGGGAGAGCACGGCCUCACCGAGGAGUACCCGGCAAGGGUCUGCCAGGAGUGCGAAUUUAGCGAGCCCUCGCCCUACUUAUUCUGAGGGCCUCGCGGGAAACGGCACGGCGUUAUCGGAAUCAACCUGUGAUAGACCAAAAACGGCGGCCGACUCGGAAGACGAGGAGACCACCUAGGUAAAUCGACCACCACCUGGUGAAGGACCACCCUGGAAUCACGAGAAGAACCGUCGAAGAUGAGGCUCCAGGGUACUCCUUCGCAACGAACUUCUACCCCCGAGUCGGAAACGGGCCGUGACGGUCGAGCUUUAAUUUUAACCCUUUACUCGCACCCCAUUUCCCCGGACGCAUCGAUAUCAGAAAAUCUCAUGAUUAAUCCCUUGAUUAACUUCUAAAAAUCCAUCGAGACGACCGAUGCGAAUGCGGAUCCCGGGGCGCGCGUGGACAGUUCCACUUCCUCUAUUUUUCUUACCUGUGUCUGUAUAUUUUCUAUUUUUUUUAUUUUACUACCGGAUCCGUUGAUCCACUCUGCCACUGACCAUCGUUUACACCCGGUAAACCAAAGGACCCUUUAUCACAACGCUUACGAUCACUUGACCGUACUCAGAAGUAUAAUUGUUAAGCGUGGCGCAACCGCCGCGGUGGAGGACCCUGGCACCCCUCGUCGCGGCGUCGUCGAGCUGCACGGUGACCAUUGUUUAUGCCCGCGGAAAUAAACAA